AGUGAGGUUUUUGAGAAUGGGCGUGCAUGCGAAUGUGUUUUGAAGUUUUGCCCGACUUUAAAAAUGCUGUCAGUGUUAUGCGCUAUGUUUACAAACAUAGAUCUAUGUGCUCUCAAAUUCAAAUAGGAAGCAUUCUGUUGUUUUAGCAUAUUAGAAAGCAUCCCGAUGAAGCGCAAACACUGGGGUUCUUUUGAGGAUGGUAGCGAUCGAAAGAAGGAAGUUCAGAGCAGCGAAAUCGUGCUGCCGAUGACCAAAAUGGAAAAGUUCCAGCAGAUAAAGCUACCCUAUACAAUCACCAGAGAGAAGCGCAUCCCCCUGAAGAAUCCAUUGGUGACACAAACCAUUGAAGUGAUGAACCAAACCGAAAUGAUUCAAACCCUGAUCGAUACCUAUUCGACGAAAUCGGGCUACAGCUACAUACUAAACCCCUGUCAGCUGAUGCCGAAUAUUGACUUUCCACCCGCAAACACGGCUGACCUCAGCCGGAAUGAGAAAAUAACUCGGCCCUUUUGGUUUGUCAACCCUCACGACAGCAAGUUUACCCGGGGGGAGCCGAAGAACUACCCGCGCCUAACUAGGCCGGUUCUGAUGCAAGCUCUUCGGAAGGUCAUCUGCGGGUUGCUGCGAGUAGCCGGGUUUUCCGAAAUCAACGAAUCGGCACUCAUAAUGGCAGUCGAUGGAAUGGAUCAGUACAUGAGGCUGAUCUGCGAAGCUAUGCGGGAUGUGCUGGUCAGCGAUGGACGUGAAACAGAGUCUUGUUUGGAUGUGGUGACCCUGGAGCGGGGAUUCCACGGGGUAACGAAGAGAAGCAUCACCAGUUUGCACAAUUAUUACAAAGAAAUAACCAACAAAAACAAAAACGAAAUCCGCGAGUUCAAGGACAUUUUUCAGGAGUACGAUAAACUGUUGCAAGAAAAUCACCUUUCGGCUGCCCAAAGUCUGGGUGGUAUCGGGGCAGAUGAUUGCUCGGGUAGUAAGAUCGGCGAUAUCAAGGAGGAAGAUUACAUCAGCUUCCUGGAGGGUGGACACGGAUCAUCCUCGGGACAAGGCAUGGAAGCAGUGGAAAACGAUGGCGCCUCAACGAUGAGCAUCAUGAGCUUUCUCAACGGCGAAACAGGUAAUUCGAUUUAAUUUCAAUAAAAAAUGUGAUUC